UGACAAACUAUACAAAGAUGCUUAAAAUAGGGGGAAAAAAAGUCCCCUUUAAAGCAAAAACCUUUGAGGGACAUUAGAUUUUGGGGGAAAUGAAAAUGUGGCAGAGGGCCGCCGGGGCCCUCAAGGACAGGAACAGCAUUUUGGUUUCAUCUCUUGCCCGGCGUACCUCCGCCCGGAACCCUGCUCUUGAGGAGGCAAUCAUCAAGGCCACCAGCCACGACGACACCGGCAUUGAUUAUAGGAAUGUUAACCGAGUCUUCGCCUGGGUUCGAGCCUCCCCUGUCACCCUCAAGCCUCUUAUGUACGCUAUCUCGAUGCGAAUGGGCAAGACUCAUAGCUGGAUUGUAGCUCUCAAGGGGUUAAUGUUGAUGCAUGGUGUCUUUUGCUGCAAGACAUCAGCGGUAAAAUGGAUCGGACGCCUCCCAUUCGAUCUUUCAAAUUUUCAAGACUGUCAUUCUAAUCCUUACAAAAUAUGGGGGUUCGAGGCAUUCGUUCGAGCAUAUUAUGCUUUUCUUGAUCAACGAUCCGUUGUGUUCUACGACAAAACAUCGAAACCCUCUGAGGGUCCGUUGAUGCAGGAGCUAGAGAGGUUGCAGAAAUGGCAAUUGUUGCUCGAUUUGCUAAUGAAAAUCAAGCCACAAGCGAGGAACGUGAGGGUGAUUCUAAUUCUCGAAGCUAUGGAUUGCGUGAUCAUCGAAUUAUGCGAAACAUAUAGCAGAAUAUGUAAUGGAAUUUCAAGGGUUCUGUUGAAUAUAUAUUCAGCCAAUAAAACUGAAGCUGCUCUGGCUCUAAAGGUUCUGCAGAAAGCAACGACACAGGGUGAACAACUCUCCGUUUAUUUCGAGCUUUGUCGAGAUUUUGGCGUCAUUAACGCAACAGAUUGUCCGAACGUGAAGAAAAUCCCAGAAGAAGACAUACUGGAGCUUGAGAGAAUAAUCAAUGGCGUAUCGAAGAAGGAGGCAGAGGAGGAUGGUUAUAGUACGGACAUAGUGGUAAGAGGAAACAUGGAAUUAACAACAAGAGAUGGGCUGCAAACAAUCAUAACAGACAAAUGGGAGACUUUUGAUGAGGAUUUCAAGGUAAAUGAAGGAUUGAUGAUUGGGUUUUACGAGAGAAAGAUCACAAACAACCCUUUUGAAAUCUCUCCUAAUAAUGAUCUUCUACCUCUUGUCCCAAUUAAUGUUAUUGGUGCUCCUGCUUCUAAACAAGAACUUCCGGAUUUGAUUAGCUUCUGAUUAACUAGUUAAUUGUUGGAUUAUAGGGAUUUGCGUUGCUCAAUUUCAAGGAGCUUUCGCCUUUCAGCAAUACCUAAUGAAUUUUGUUAAAACAGGACAAUUCUGGUUUCAAUUCUAUAUGUG